AUGGCAGCAAAGAAGCCUGUCAUCGGGCUACUUGGAGGCGGCCAGCUUGGUCGCAUGUUAUGUGAGGCAGCCGGGCCUUUAGGAAUACCGAUCGCCAUUCUGGAUGCUGAAAACUGCCCGGCGAAACAGGCCAACCAGAGCGAUCUCCAUGUUACUGGAUCUUUCAAGGACCCCGAGAAGAUCAAACUUCUGGCCACCCGUUGCGACUUUUUGACUGUGGAGAUCGAGCAUGUGGAGACGGAGGUAUUAGAGGAAAUAGCAACGAAAGGAGUGGAAAUACCUAACCCAGACGGAGAAGGGACCAUUUUGAAGAAGGUUCCCGUACAUCCUUCAUGGAAGACGAUACGCCUGAUCCAGGACAAGUAUCAACAAAAAGAGUACUUCGCAAAGAAUGGAAUUCCUGUCGCUGAGCAAAUGGCCAUAGAGCCCGGGGAAGCUAGACAGGAUUCCCUUGAUGAAGCUGCUUGGAAAUACGGUUUCCCUUUUAUGUUAAAGGGUAGUAAAGGAUCAUAUGACGGCCGUGGAAACUUCAAGGUCAGCGGUCCCGAAGACCUAAAGAGUGUCGCGGCUCAAAUGGGGGACCAACCCCUAUACGCAGAAAAAUGGGUACCUUUCGAAAUGGAAUUAUCUGUUAUGGUAUUACGGACAGAGGACGAUAAUGGUAAACUUAAGCAUGUUUACCCGUAUCCGGUUGUCGAAACUAUACAUGAGGAUAGCAUAUGUACCAAGGUCUUCUACCCGCCGCGGAACAUACCUGAAGACAUCAAAAAGCGGGCACAGAAGGUCGCCAGCGAUGUUAUAGCAAGCCUCUGGGGCCGCGGUGUCUUCGCUGUUGAGAUGUUCUUACUCGCGGAUGGUCAAAUUCUCGUUAAUGAGGUUGCCCCCCGUCCACAUAAUUCUGGUCAUUUCACUAUCGAAGCCGUUCCUCAAAUGUCACAAUAUAAGGCUCAAUUAUUCUCUAUACUGGACCGUGUUCCUGGUAAAGGUGUUAAUCUGACGGCGCGAGUGCCGUCUUCGAUCAUGUUAAACAUUCUCGGCGGAGCUCAGACGACAUCUCAUGACAAGUUUGUCAAGCUUGCGGAGGAGGCAUAUGAUGACUUUACGGAUGUAUACGUACAUUUAUACGGAAAAGAGUCGAAGCCAGGACGAAAGAUUGGUCAUAUUACCGCCACCGGCCUCUCAUCAGUGGAACGGUUAGCUGAGACGAUAAGUCCCCUCAUCAAAGUCAUGGACGAGAUUCGAGCUGAGCGCAUUGGUUCGAAGGACCCUAUUCAGACCCAGACGACGACAUCGAAAGCUGUUCCCCUGGUUGCUGUUACAAUGGGCUCCGACUCAGAUUUGACAACAGUGGCAGCCGGCUUAAAGAUAUUAGACGAGUUUAAUGUGCCUUACGAAGUCCGGAUAACGUCAGCACACCGGACGCCGCAUCUUAUGAUGAAGUUCGCGGCAGAAAUGGCUCAGUCAGGCUGCAAAGUGAUAAUUGCGGCGGCAGGUGGCGCUGCUCAUCUACCAGGUAUGCUUGCCUCAGAAGUGCAUAUUCCGGUGAUCGGCAUUCCGGUGAAGGCCUCGGUACUGGACGGCGUCGAUAGUUUACAUUCUAUUGUGCAGAUGCCUAGAGGCAUCCCGUGCGCUACAGUUGGGAUUGGAAAUUCGACUAACGCGGCGCUUCUUGCGAUUCGUAUCCUGGGUGGUGCAUACCCCGAGUACGCGGAACGGAUGAAGCGUUACCAGGAGAAGAUGAAGAACGAAGUCCUGGCUAAGGACGAGAAGAUAUCAUCUGUGGGUUGGAAGGCGUAUCUCGACGGGAUGCAGAAGAAAUGA